GCUUCCAACUAUAGAAAACCUGCCUUAGCUACAGCCCAGCGGAAGAAAAGUGGCCUCAAACCUGAACUUACAGAAGAGCAAAAGCAGGAGAUCAGAGAAGCUUUUGAUUUGUUUGACACUGAUGGAUCUGGAAGCAUCGACAUAAAAGAACUGAAGGUUGCAAUGCGUGCCUUAGGCUUCGAGCCAAAGAAGGAAGAGAUUAAGAAAAUGAUAGCAGAUAUUGACAAAGAAGGGAGUGGCACCAUCGACUUUGAAGACUUUUUGGCUAUGAUGACACAAAAAAUGAGCGAAAAGGAUUCAAAAGAAGAAAUCCUGAAAGCUUUCAGAUUAUUUGAUGAUGAUGGGACAGGAAAGAUUUCAUUCAAAAACUUGAAAAGAGUUGCCAAGGAGCUGGGAGAAAAUUUAACAGAUGAAGAGCUUCAGGAAAUGAUCGACGAAGCUGAUCGAGACGGAGAUGGAGAAGUAAGUGAGCAAGAGUUUUUGAGAAUCAUGAAGAAAACUAGCUUAUAUUAAAGUAUCUGUUGCCGGGCUAUAGAGCUGCUCCAAAAGAUAACCUAGAAAAUACUUAAAAACUGGGCUUGUGUCUCCUGCAUAUUUACUGCCAUACAAAGAAAGUCUAAAAGGACAGAUUUU